AUGAUUGACGGGGAGACAAUCCUGAUCGAGAUCGGUGAUGCCGACAUCUCCGAAAAAACGGCGCUGAACCGGGCCGGGACAAUUCUGGCGGUCGCCGAUCUUCUCUGGAUUCCGCAGGCCGGUCUCAUUGCAUGGCCACUUGGUCUGGUCCUUUCAGAUGUAACCGUCAACAGCCAAAGUUCAAAUUCAGAGCUGCCGGUUUUGCUCCUGACAUGUGUCGCCGGUCUUGUCAUGAUCGCUCUCAUUCGAGUGUAUCUGCAGAUACUGGCUCAGGGCCAGGCUCAACGAGCAGCUCGGCGCAUUCAGAAGAAGGCACGUGGGGACCUCCUUUUUGCGGCGAUAACACGUUCUCCGGCGCAGAGUUUUCCGCCUUCAGGCGCCUUUGCUGCGCAUGUCACCGAUCAGGUCGAUCUGCUCGGUCCCUAUUACCGGAACUAUUGGCCACAAUUCAUGAGGCUGAAGCUGGUUCCGCUCGCAAUUGUCCUUGUGACGGCUUGGUUCAGUUGGCUUGCGGCGUUGAUCCUCGUGAUCAGCGGCCCUGUCAUACCGGUUUUCAUGGCAUUGAUCGGUGCGCGCGCCAAGACGGCCAGCGCCGAUCAGCAGGAGGAACUGGCACGACUAAGCGGUAUGCUUCUGGACCGGAUCAGAGGAUUGGAGACCCUCGUCCUGUUCGGCGCGGUUGGACACUCGAGAUCCGAAAUCCGUGAUGCCGGUGAACGCUUCAGACUCGGCACCAUGCGGGUUUUGAAGGUCGCCUUCCUGUCGUCGACUGUCCUGGAGUUGUUUUCCGCUCUAGGGAUUGCCUUUUCGGCAGUUUAUGUCGGGUUUUCGCUGCUUGGUGAUAUCGAGAUCGGUGUCUGGGGGAAGUCGCUCGGAUACGCGCAAGGAUUGUUUAUCCUGUUGUUGGCGCCCGAGUUUUUUGCGCCUUUGCGAUCUUUUUCCGCUGCUUACCAUGACCGCGCAGCUGGGCUUGCCGCUCGUCAGAAAUUGUCUGAAAUGCUGGAUGCCAUCGAUACGCCGGCUGCUGCUGUCUCCGUGGUGAGGACAGCCGUUGAGCCGCAAAGGCACCAGGACAAGAAAUGGCUUUUCGAAGCUCCCGGCAUUUCCUUUGGCAACGUAACGAUCGAUCUGGCAGGUCGCAAAGUAUUCGACCGGUUCAAUUGUCGGAUCGAGCCUGGCGAAACGCUGUUGAUCACCGGCAGAAGCGGGUGCGGCAAGACGACCUUGUUGGAUCUUGUUCUGGGCUUUCGAAUGCCUGACAGCGGCAAUGUGCUCGUUGACGGGGAUGACAUUUCAAUGGCCGCGGACGCGUUGCGCCGGAAGGUCAUGUAUCUCGGGCAGGCGCCGCGGUUGUUCCAUGGCAGCGUGAAGGCAAAUCUGCUCAAGGCAAUGCCGGAUCCAUCCGAGGUACAAGAUGCCGACAUCCAGACUGCGCUGCACCUCGCAGGCGCCCAGGAUUUGGUCCGCCGGCUGCCGCGCGGCCUGGCGACGCAACUUGGUGAAGACGGAUUUGGUCUGUCGGUCGGCGAAAUCAGGCGGAUCGCACUGGCGCGUGCCGCGAUGCGCAAGGAAGCCAGGAUACUGAUUGUUGAUGAACCCACUGCCGGCCUCGACCCGGACACUGCUGCGGAUGUGAUCGAAGGCUUGAAAAUUCUGUCGAAGGAACGAACGUGCCUCAUCGCGACCCAUGACCCGGCCGUCCUGGAAAUUUCCGGACGACACUUUGAUCUGGACAUUGCAAAAAUGCCUGUGGCGCCGGAGAACGUGAAAUGCAUUCUUCUGCUAGGGGUCUCGGGCUGGUUCAUCACGGCCGCGGCGCUGGCAGGACUGAGUGGUGCCUUUCUCAAUAUUUUCGCACCAAGCGCAAUCAUUCGCGCGCUUGCCAUCAUCAGGACAGCCGGACGCUACGGCGAACGCGUGCUGACCCAUGAUGCGACGUUCAGGUUCUUGACUGACUUGCGUAACCGCCUGUUUGAGGCCUACGCGAUUGAGCCGGCGAAAAAGAAGCGGUCCGGAACCGUCUUGAACCGAUUGACGGCGGACAUAGACGCGCUCGACUCAGUCUACCUGCGUCUCGUGGUCCCAAUCGUGCUUGCCGUGAUCGUGGCGACUUUCCUGUUGGUCGUUUGGGCAACGGUUUCCCGGGCGGUUUUCACUGUUGGCCUGAUCUUCAUCGCGGCCUGGGCAAUCCUUGCGUGGCGGUCUUUUGACAAUUCUGAACGCAAUACCGUUCGCCGGGCGGAUGCCGCCUCAGAUGCGAUGCGUCUGCGUGCGGCCGAUCUUGCCGGGGGGAGGCGCGAUAUCGCCGUUUAUGGCGGUCUUGGAGAUGCUGCAGACCAUAUUCUGACAGCAGACGGCCGGUUGAUGGAAGUUGAGGAAAAGCUGGAGCAACGGUCGAACCGGCUCGUCGGUUUAUCGAGCCUGAUCGGUCAGACUUUUCUUGCCUUUAUGCUCCUUGUAUGCGCCUGGGAGGUCGCGGAUGGACACCUGUCGCUUGCACCCGCCGUUGGCCUUGUGCUGGUGGUCAUAGCUUUGCCCGAACUGUUUUCGGCAAUGCUCCCUGGCCUGGCAAAUCUGCCGCGAACGGAAUUGGCUGCAGAACGUUCGAUAGCGGCGCGAAGGUUGAAUGCGGGAACUGAAGGAUCAACGGCAAAACCGGAAGCGCCAAGUGAGCUGGAAGAUACAACGGACGCUGUCCUACGUUUCGAAUCGGUGCGCUUCAACUAUCCUGGCGCGGCGCGGCCCAUCCUGGAUGGUCUGUCGCUGGAAAUUGGGCACGGUGAGGUCGUGGCUGUUGCCGGGCGCAGCGGCUGUGGCAAGACCACGGUGGCCUCGCUCGCAGCUCGGCUUCUUGAUGCCGACAAAGGCACAAUCUGGCUGAACGGGACAGAUAUCAGGGAUUUUUCCGAAAGUGACUUGCGCCGAUCCGUAGCUGUUCUGAGCCAGCGGCCCUAUAUUUUCAACGACACCAUUGCUGCGAAUUUGCGCAUUGCCAAUCCCGAUGCCGGUGAGGCCGAGUUAUGGGAGGCGCUGGAACGAUCCGCCCUGGCUGAGCGAAUUGCUCAGGAUGGAGAUGGAUUGCAAAGCAUUCUGGGCGAAGAUGGGCUCGGAUUGUCCGGAGGCGAGCAACGCAGGCUUGCGUUGGCGCGAGCGUUCCUGACGCGACCAAGCCUGUACGUUCUGGACGAAAUGACUGAAGGUCUGGACGAGAACACAGGGGCCGAGGUUCUGGCGCGUUUUCUUGACUUCAGGACAGAUCAGGCGGUCUUGAUGAUUGCGCACAAGGAUCGUGAACUUGAUGUUGCAGACCGUGUCGUUCGUUUGAGCGGCAGUGACACGCGGCUGCCCUGA